UCUCUGCAGAUACAAAAGAGUGGUCUCCCAGCAGCGUUCCUGGGUUGCUGUGGCGACGUGCUGGUUGCUGGCAUGUGUCCUGGGAUUCACCCCGUUGCUCGGGUGGCACAAGCCCAUGAAAGAGAUGCAAUAUGGCUACACGUUCAUGGACGUGAUGGACAUGCCCUACUUGAUCUACUUCAGAUUCUUCGGCUGCAUCCUGGCCCCUCUGUUGGGGAUGGCUCUCCUCUACGCUCGCGUCUUCUGGACCAUCCGUAAGCGCCUGCAGGAGUCCGCGGCCAGCGGUUCGGAACACGGAACGUAUUACCUGAAGGAGCGGAACCUGGCGCUGUCCCUGGGCCUGGUCCUCGCCCUCUACGCCGUCUGCUGGCUGCCCCUGCACAUCAUGAACUGCAUCUCUUACUUUGGCGGUAAGGACCUGCCGUUCGACGCGGGCGCCCUCCUCUCGUACGUCAACUCAGCCGCCAACCCCCUUGUUUACGCCUUCCGGAUCCGCAAGUUCCAAAAGGCCUACCUGGAAAUCUGGAGGCGGUACUUCCUGUCCCGGGGCGAGGAGGGGCCCCAGGGCGAGCAAUCGGGCGAUAACUUGGGCAGCGCCUGCCCGACCAGCACUAACCAGAGCGACAGGAUGGUGAGGGGACCAUGUGAACCCAUUGGCCACGAGCUGGGCUUUUGAACACUGAAAGUUGUAGGCAUGAGCGCCAGAAAGCAUUGCUCUCCAUAGUGUUCAGCGUCUCUGUGGCGGUUGGUGAUUGGCAGUUGGGAUGGGGAAUUUCUCUCUAUUUAAAAUGUCUCCUUCCGAGGCCGGAGAAGACAUUUUAUGUCUGUGUGCAAUAUAGUCAAGAAUAUUAGAAAACGAAAAUGGUUGUAUUUGUGUUGUAUGAAAUGUUGCUAAACAGCUUCUCCUAUCAUCCAUAUCAAGAGUAAAAACAUAAAUAAAAAAUAUUUAGAGAUAUAUAUAUUCAUAUAUUUUUUAAUUAAAU